UAAUAUAAGUCUAGGCAACACAAAAACUCUAUUUUGCAUCGGAAUUUCAGUUGGAAAUUUCUAUUUACCGAAAAUGCCUCUACGUCGGGCACAAAUAAAUUCUGUUAAGAAUUCGUAUAUGGAAAGUAUUCGUUCCGAUGCAAAUACUGUAUGCCAAAAUCAAUUUAUUGCUAUCACGGACCGGCGAGUGAAGUCUGGAAAAGCACAAAGCCUGGCUAAGCAGUUGAGCCGGUCUAAAGAAGAAAGUCUCCAACAGAAGAGGGAACGCCUCCGAGAUCUUUUAUCCACGGAAGCAACACUGUACGAACAAGAGCUUGUUGACAACCACAGAAACAAAACUGAGGAAAAUUUUAAAUCGCGAGAGAAUCGACUAUUAGGUCUAAAAUCGGAAAGGGAAAGGCAGCGGCUGAAAUUCGUAGAGGAAAUGAGGGUGCAGCGACUAAUAAACAGUUGCGAUGAAAUCCGACCGUACCUCAGACAGAAAUUGCAAGAUGAAUGUAAAAAUUGCCAACAGCUACAAAUUUUCGAUAACACCUUGAAAAAAGCUGAAGAACUUGAUCGGGAACGUUUAUGGGAUGAAGUUCAGAAACAGGUUUUCAAUCAAAUGACACAGAGAGAAUUCGACGAAUUCCUAGUCAGUCGGAACCGAAAUUUGAACGACCAGCAAUUUUUACGAAAGCAAAUGUUGGAGAAAAACGAAAUUCGUGAUCAGGUUGAAUAUGAAGCUGACACGAUGCAUUGCGGAAAAGUGUUUGGCGAUGAGCCUAGCGAACAGGAUCUAUUUAUGGAAAACAAAAGGAAGCAAAUUCAGUUAGCCCAGGAUCUAUUGGCACAACAAGCAGAAAAUGAUCGGACCAAAAAGACAAUUAGGGAGGGGGAAAUUCUGCAUGACUUAGCAGCGAUUGAUAAAAUCACAAAUGAAUUGAGAAUAGAAAAGCAGAACGCGCGUAUGGAGAAGAGACAAAACAUGAAAGAAAGUUUACAAUUUCUUGGUUACAUGAAAAAAAUGGAGGAAAACAAGACCAAGGUUGAACGGGAAAGGGACAGUCUUACCGAAAGCAUGCACAGCGGAAAGACCAACGAAUAUUUGAAGAAUCGAAAUUAUUUCACUCAACAGCGAGAUGAGUUUUACAAAAGCAUUUACGAAGAACGUCGGAAACAAAUUGUGGUUAGAAGGCGACAAAUGCUCGAAGAAAAAAGCCAAAGAAAUAAUGAGAUUAUUGAGGCUGCCGAAAUGUUUGCUAACAGUGCGUACAUAGAAAGGGAAUUGCGUAAAGAGAAAAAGAAUGACCGGUUAAAAUAUGGUCAGGAGUUGAGGGCUCAGAGCAAUUACGAGAAAUUGGACAAGCUUAAGGCUGCAACUUCUUCUAAUAAAUUAACGGAAAUCAUAGCAAAGGAGGAAGCCCACAAAACGGAGUUGAUAAAAAAUAAUCUCGGACGCAUGCACGAAAUCUAUCCGGUGCAUCCAAACUUCCAGGCCAUUUUGAACUCCAAAAAUUGAUGGACGAACUCAGCAAUCAAAACACAUGUUCUUCGUGUGCUCAUACAACAUUUUCAACUUAAAUUUAUUGAAAUGAUUUUUAUAUCGUCGUAAGGCUUGUCCGUUUUGGGAUUGGUCUUUGAAUUACAAAUGUUUUGACACACUUCCAUUCCUUUGAUGACGCGACCGAACACCGUAUGCUUAUUGUCCAACCAAGGCUAUAAAUGAAGAACAAAAUUCGUUGAUAAAACUGUAAUUAAGCGAAAGGAUAAAUAAAUUGUGGUUCACACUAA